AUGAAGUGCCAAAACGUAGCGCGUCACCGCCGUCGGCCUGAAGAAGUGUCAACAGCAACAGCCGUGCAACGAUCACUGCCAACAUUUAUAGCAACUGCCGCUGCCAGCAGCACAACCACCGCCACCGCAGUCACAACCAUUUGUUGCUGCAUUUGGCUGUUGCUCGUGCACGCACCCGCCCCCACCCAGACGCGUCGUCUGCAACGCUGCGAACUCGCCGGCCAAUUGUACAUAUUGGAUGUGCCGAAAUCGGAGCUGUCGCUGUGGCUGUGCAUUGCCCAUUACGAGAGUCGCUACAAUACGCACGUCGUGGGCAAUCGCAAUGCGGACGGCUCCAGCGACUAUGGUCUGUUUCAGAUCAGCAGUCGCUAUUGGUGUCAACCGGACAAUGGCACCAAAUAUUACGCGUUCAAUGAGUGCAAUGUCAAAUGUAGCGCUUUGCUGCUCGAUGACAUAACCGAGGCGGUGGACUGCGCCAGGACUAUACAACGGCGUCAGGGUUGGAGCGCUUGGAGCGUUUACUCGGUGUACUGUAAUCGUACGCUGAACGAAGUGGAUGAUUGUUUUGAAAGCGUUUCCGAAGAAGUGAUUGUAGACAGCAAGAUUGAGAAAUAA